GGUGGAAUUUGAGAAAGAAGAAGACGGGGAGGGGGAGACAGGAGGGGUCAGUCGUCUUCCUCUGUCCCCGUGCCGCUGCGCCUUUGCUUCGGAGUCUUGCCAAGUUUAGAUUCGAGGAGGGGGCGCCCCCCCCCUCUCUCUCCCUUGCUGCCUGGCCUGCAUCGGAACCCGCGAUUGGCGCUCUCUUCCAACAGUGCAGGCCGAAAUUAUUUUACCCAGGAUCCUGAUUUACCUGUAGAAGGAAUGUCCUCAACCACCUCUACCCAGCCCUCGGCAUCUUCAGGUGGUGCAUCUACUUCAGCUGGUGAAAAUGCAAGGCCUCCUGAUCCAGUGGGUUUUGUAGGCACUAAUUCAGCUGGACCGGCGCGAAGCAGACUAUCAUUGCAGUUGGACCAGCGGUCCUUACAUUUUUCUGUUAAUGCUUGGGUCCUUAUUGUUGCCUUGAUUGGCAUCUUUCCAUUGGCACCACGAUCUCUUCAGUACAAGGGAUAUAGGUUGUCACUUCUUGGCACAACAUGCACAACGGGCUAUGCUUUGUUUGCCUUUUACAGGAUACCCCGAGCAGGAAAUUUGCAGGCUGUUCGGGCAUGGUGUCAUCAUGUAACAUCAUCAAAGGAUUUUAUACCAUUCAUGUACUGCCUUAUGUUUGUUACAUCUAAACUGCACUUGAAGCUUGCUUUGGUACCUGUAAUUUGUUGGGCACUUGAACAUGUUGCCAGAUUUCUACGGCGCCAUUUUACUAGUUCAUCUUUAUACAGGACAUACUUGGAGCAGCCCUGUACAUGGGUUGAGGCCAAUAUGACUGCAGUCCACUUUCUACGUUCAAAUGCAGAGAUUUUGUUGGGCUUCCUUUUGAUCCUGUCUCUGUUCUCACGACAACGAAAUGCUAUGCAAACAUUCAUGUAUUGGCAGUUGCUGAAGCUCAUGUACCAUUCUCCCUUCACCGCUGGUUAUCAUAGAGCUAUCUGGCUUAAAAUUGGGCGGACAAUCAACCCCUACAUCCACCGGUACACCCCUUUCCUUCAUGACCCGAUAAAUGCUGGCAUGAGAUGGUGGUUCAGGUAGGGAUGAAUGCGGCAGCGUUAUGCAUUAAUCAUGUAAAGAGAUGAAAGUAUGUUUUUGGUGGCAUUUCAUAGUUGACCAAAUGAUGAAUCUUUGAAAUAGAAAGUUGAUGCUUGUGAGUGAUGUGUUACUAGUUCGUUUGA